UAGAAAGCACGCGAACGUCGGAAACAAAGUCUAGAACCAAAAGUCUAGGUCUCUCAAUUUACAAUUAAUUAAAUAUAAUUAAAUACAUAAUUAAUUAAAAUGUCGCUUUACGUUAAUCCACUCAUGUACUUGAAUCUCGGAGGGGAAAUGCUUUAUGUCAUUCAACAUAGACUCGCUGCUCAGAAAAUUGAAGAACGUAAAACAAUUCAAGUGCUGGAUGACAUAACAGCAUCAUUUUUAAAUCCAAAAAUCCUGGCAACUGUUUUUCAAAAAGCUCCACUGAUCAAUUUAUCGUCCCUGCGAGCGACUCUAGAGGCGAUAAGUCUCAGUUCUAUAAUGAAAUUGGGCCAAAGUUCCAUGAACAAAUUGUUCGAUCUCAUGAUGAUGAUGUUCAAGUAUCAAUUGAUCGCCUGCACUGGUCCCAGGGAGGUGAUCCUAGUGACUCUCAAUCAUAUCGAUGCAUUGAGGGAUAUGGUGACACAGACCAGCGCUCAUGAGUGCAUCACUCUUGUGCAUCGGAUGAUUGUAGACGUUUAUGGGGAAUUGACUCACGACGAGAUCUGGCAGGCGAGGAAUGAGUGUCUGAUCGCUCUAGCCAACAUAAACGUCAGAGUUUCGGUUCUCCUGAGACUUGGUCUUCAGAAUGACGACACAACAUUCAACAUUUUGCCCCAGAACUACGAUGAAAAGUUCGAGGAGAGGAGGUGCGAGGUGGGGGCUGUUAAAUUGCUCGAGGGUAAUCAGAAGGGGUAUAACUUGGGAUCUUUCAAAUUGUUUGGACAUCGUGUAACGCUAUUAGGGAAAAAUAUAUAUUCCCCAAAUUACAUAAAAGCAGUGAAAUGCAAACCAUUAAAAAAUCGUGAGAAGUGUCUGAAGGACAGAGGAACAAGAGCAGAAUUGGGGAUGUUGGCUAGACAAUUGGGGACAGAGGAGACCUCCUCUGCUCCUCGUCCCUUCAGCCUCGACCUCUUUGAUGACUCCGAGACGAUCGAGAUCGAUGACAAUCGGAAUGACGAGGGGGAGGAGGAAUCAGGGAGGAGUGAGGAGACCCUGGGGAGACUCGAUGCAGACCACAAGGCCAAGCUAGACAACAUUUCAGCAGAUCUAGAGGGGGAGGAGGGCAUCGACAGGAAGAUGAAUCUUCUUCAGCUGCUGGAUGAGGUGGAGUGAUUCAACUGUAAAUCAUUCCUUGAACAACUGAUUAAUUAGUGUGAAUUUCUGCAUCACCAAAAAUCAUUUAAGAAAAUUCUGUUUGUAUAACUUUCAUAUUAAUGUUGAUAUUUUCGUAUUAAUAUAAUUUCUUCAAAUUAUUCUAUGAAUUUAAACCAAAAUCUACUCUUUACGAAACUGUACAAUCACUUCUGACAAAACUGAA